AUGGCUCACGCUGCGACUCUCAGUGGGCUCGCAGAAGGCCUGAUCACCUCCAUAACUAGCAAGAGGCCGACUGAUGCAGCUUUCUCCCGACUCAGAGACCGUACAGUGAGAGGUCUGCGAGAUCAGAGCCAUCCGCGAACGAAUCAAUUCGCCAUCAAGUCCAGGUACGAUGGAUUGGUCGAGAAGUUUGCAGUCGUGAACCGCGAAGACUUGGCAGACGCCCUGCAAGAGCGACUAGACGAGCUUCCGGCGAGAUCACGAUGGCUGCCAGAGCUUCUGUCAUUACUGCUCGAGCUGUCUGAUAAGCCGGUGAUCAAUACUGCUCUGGAAGGUGUUGACGGUACCGCCAAUCAUGAGGACCUCGACGUUGGCUUGACUUGGGAUGAGAUCGUGGCCGAAGAUCCGCUCAAUGAACCUGGCAUCUGGGAUGAUGUCGACCAUGGCGCCCACUCCAGUGAGGAUGAUUUUGAACCCGAAAUCGACUCUGAGCCGACCAUUUCAACCGAGGCAACGUCCUCGGAUGAGGACGGCCCUGGUGCUGUCGCAAGAUUACACAUCGGGCAAGUCGACCGUAGCGCGCUCACCGAAGUGCAGGACUCACGAAACGUCUGGAAGCCUGAUGCCGACAGGCAGGAGCGACAGGUUAUCUCUGAACUUGCUCUCGCUCGUGAGAUCUUGUCAAUGACACAUGGCCUACCGACCGACUUAUUCGACGUGGACGAAUCCGGGCGUGUCAUGGUUCAGCAGAGCAUAAGCAUGAGCGAUACCAGCACCAAGGUGCUGCUCGACGUGCUACAUCAAGCUUGUCAGACUGGUACCGCGCUCAACUUCUUGCGCCAAUGGACACCCGCCCACUUGGAUCUGGCUUACAUGCAAACCUUGCACGGUGCUAUCGAAAAGUCGCUGUCGGGAUUUAGCGUAAAGCUAGGCGUGAUCGAGCAGACCUUCGCUCAGCCCUCGUCAGGUGCUGUCGUGAGCGUAGCGAGGGUGCAGACACACAUCAGUGAGGUAGCCGGCCCGCUUGUCAAGCUGUCGUCCUUGGCCAGAAAUUCCGCUCAAGCAGCUGGCGGUGGCGCUCAAUUUGCUUUGCUUGACUCUCUAUACACGCAGACAUGCAUAGCUCAGAUGGCGGGUGAUCAGGACACUUUCGAAGCGUUCGCCGGCAUCUUUCUCGCCGGCCUCAAGACAUAUCUACGUUCUGUUGCAAUCUGGAUUGGUUCAGGAGCAGUGGACGCACAGUCUUCCAGCAGCUUCUUUGUCGCCGACGCGAAAGAGUCAUGCCCGCCUGAGGAUCUCUGGCAUGGGCGCUUCGAACUACGACAUCGUGCUGAGGGCAAGGCGUACGCACCCCAGUGUCUGCAAUCAGUCGCAAAGGAGAUCUUCUCUUUCGGGAAGAGUCGCGCCUUUCUGCAUCAACUAGAGCAGCGUGACGAUGAGCUACAAUCGAUGGGCAACAUUUCUUCGAUGUUGCCGGACUUUGCUCCAAUCCUUCGGCAAUGUGGGGGAGAGUCGUUGAUGCUGUUCCCGCAGUUACUCGACACUGUCCUCAACUCAUGGGUUACGAACAUGUCCACCGAUUGCACGCCUUUACCGCGUUCCAAGCUGUGCCAAGACUACCACAUGCUUCGCACACUUGAGAGUCUUCCACUAGUAUACUUCUCUGCCGACGGCGCUCGCUUCCAGGACUUCGCACAGGCUCUUUUCGAUCGGAUAAAGCGCAGUCAGCGAUCAUGGGCUGAUACUUUCAUCCUCACGGAGUCAGCGCACGACACGAUCGGUAGCGCCUCGGGCGUCUUUGCGGAGCACAUGCAGAUCCUCGUGUCAGAAGAUCGACUGAAGCAGUCAGCCGCGAGUCGCAACUUGCAGAAGCUCUCAUCAGUAGGCAUGACUUACACAGUGGCCUGGCCGAUACAGAACAUCACCAGAUCUGCGACUUCUUCCUUGCACUCCAAAGUCUUUACCUUCUUACUGCAGAUCAGCUACGCAAGCAGCAUCUUGCAAUCCGCUCUCUUUGAUCUGCGCUUUGAAGAAGCGGUCUCUCAAACACUGAUGGCGAUGCGGCAACGACUCCUUUGCUUUAACAACGUUCUGCACGACCACAUUACAAUAACGGCGGGCACGAUACAUGAUGACAUGAUGAAGCGCAUGCACACCGCUAGGGACAUUGACACGAUGGUGGCGAUAUGGGCGGAGUAUGAGAAGAGGCUGCAGCUUGGCUUACUCUUGACAUCGAACAUGGCCCCUGUGCGGGGCGUUAUCCUCGAGAUUCUUGCGAUGAGUGAGCUGCUUUCGUUAAAGCGGAGUGCGGACUUGCAAGGCCAGCUUGAAAAGGACUUGCCGUUUCUCGUAGCUGGCAUACGAGCUGUCAGCCGUGCUGGUGGCGAAGCUGCGCUUGAGGUACUGGCUGAGAGAUUAGACUGGAUGAUAAGCUCAUGA